AUCAUGGUGCAUGUAACUUCCUAAAUCAUUCUUAUAAUAUUUUUCCACGAAUUCCUAAGAAAGUACAAUUCAGAAAAGGAGAAAACUUUAGGAACUUAAAGAAUUCAUCGUGCUAUCUGGGGCAAGCCAUCUACAAAAUGCUUGUCAAACUCGCCAUUGAUGAGAAAAAUAGGAAACUUUGGAAAAAGAAGAUUCAGAUGUAAAAUCAACUGUCUGGAGAUGGUACGUGGAAAAAACGGGAAUAUUCUUUAUUGUACGGUAUUACGGCGCUCGCAGGAAAAUAUUCACGUAAAAUAAUUGAUUCAGUUGUGAAAUCGAGCUAUUGCAAAAUGUGUGAAGUAUGGGUAAAAAACGGAGAAUGAGGAGGAAUUUGAAAGGUGGAAAGAAAGCCAUAAAGAAUCAUGUACUGUUAAUCACGAUGAAUCAGCCGGAAAGAUAGAGGUUGGCUCUGUGAAGGAGAUGUUUCAACGAUCGAUUGCACAGUACGGCGUGAAAUAUACGCACUACAUUAGAGAUGGCAAUAGUAAAACUUUCAAAGAUAUUCUCGAUUUGAAUUCAUAUGACGUCGAAAUGAAGAAAUUAGAGUGUGUUCUACAUGUUAAAAAAAGGAUGGGCACACGAUUGAGAAGUGAGAAAAAGAAAAACAAACAUAUUGGAGGAAAGGGCCCUGGUAAAUUAACAGAUAAAUUAAUAAAAGAUUUGCAAAGUUUUGCUUUGGAUUAGCAAUUACAAGACACGUGGAUUCAGUAGAAGAUAUGCGGAAAGCUAUUUGGGCUACUUAUUAUCACAAAUGCUCAAAUGAUAAAAAAACGCAGCAUACGUAUUGCCCAGCCGGAGAGGAGAGUUGGUGUGCAUGGCGUCGAGCGGAGGCCGCGAGAACAGUGAAGAAUUUCACUCACGAUCCGCCGCUCAUCGAAACUGUUCAGAAAGUGAUUAAGCCGGUUUAUGAAGAUUUAUCUAAAGAUGAUUUAUUGGAACGGGGUUUAGGCGGCAACACGCAGAAUGAUAACGAAAACUACAACGGCUUGUUAUGGCACUUUGCUACAAAAUAUCUACAUUGCGGCUUAAAAAUAAUUGAAAUUACCAAUUAUCUGGUCGUCGGCAUUUUCAAUGAAGGCUAUUACGCAGUCCUGAAAGUUUUUCAGACGAUGGGAGUCGUCAUUGGCCCAAUAGCCAAGCAAUUUGCCAACAAGCGAGACGAUAAGCGAUUGCGGAUCGCUGAGCGUAAACAUCACAAGGUGACGAAGGAGGCUCGCAUAGCCAACAGAAAAACUCAGGCCGCUCUGAAUGAAUUUUAUGAAGAAGAAGAAAGUAUUCUGUACGGAAUAACUGAUUAGCUGUAAGUACCAUAAAUUUCAAAUUAUAUACUAAAAAUAUGUACGUGAAACUUUAAAUAUGUACGUUUAAUUGUGUUUUUCUCAAAACAGUAUUUUUCAAACUGAUCACCACGAUAACUCGAGAACGAAUGGUC